AUGUGGAUGGACGUGUUCGUGCAGAUUCGCUCGGAGGAUUUCAUGAACAACGGUUGUUUCGUCCGCGAUGCCGAGGAGCACCGCUCACCGAGCGUGGUUCGCCCCGUCCGUGGUGUCCUCGUGCCUCUCGCCGACCGUCGCCCCGUCCGCGUGUCGAGCGCCGAUGUGCUCAAGGACCUUCCCGGUUGCACGUUUAAUGAAGUGGAGAAGUGCGGAUACGACUUUGUCCCCUACUUCACUAAGCCAACCCUAGCCGAAAACGCCAAGGGCCUCGCCUCGCUGUGCACAUUGGCUAAGCGACAAAUCAAAUGUGCUGAAGAUUUCACUGGCAAGUGCUUGGACGGUUUGCCCAAGGGCAUCAUCGGGCUGAUGCUUAAGGCCGUCACCAACGAGUACUCAAUGUUCUGCAACACCACCAGCCCGAAGCAUAAAGAGUACUUCGACAGCAUCAAGUGCAUCAACAAGGCUGGGCCCGAUUUGCAGAAGUGCACGAAAGACAUGUUCGUGGCCACGUACCGCGCAUCAAAGGCCGCGGAUGGUCAGAAGAUACCAUAUUCCUGUUGCUAUUACCACGAGUUCAUCGAGUGUGAAGAAGGCGCUCUGAACAAAGCGUGCAAGCAUCCAGCGGCGAAAAAGUUCUUGCACGACAUCCUCGAUCACGUUUUCGGUGAGGUGCUCAGCUUCCCCUGCAGCAAGUACACGAAGGGCUCGGAGGCAUGCCAGACUCUGCCCGCAUUGUCCACCAAGGAUGAUGCCAAGGCUCGCAGCAAGGGAUUCAUCGAGCCAUUGGUAGUCAUCUCCAGCAAGUUGAGCGGCUAAGGCGCGUUCCUCUAUUGUACAGAUACAUCAUUUUAUAGGCACUCGCAAACCACUCGAGUAAAGAUGGGCCAUGUUGGUAUGCGUUUUUGUCCAAAGAAUUAAGAGCAUGGUAGAACUGACGGCGGACGUGAUACAUUCACACAACUGACGAACUCACUAUCCGCUGCAGAAUAAAGUGAUUC